ACUUCCCCUCUCCUGGUUUCAAUUUCCUCGUGUGUCCGGAGGCGCUGGGCCGGGCUGGCUCUCGCCAAAGUCCUCGGCUCGGGAUCGCCGGCCCGAGCCCCCGCCCCUCCGCCGCUUCCCGGCCAGGCGCCCCCUCCGCUGGCUCCGCGCAGCCCGAGCGCUCACGCCCGGGGACAAUCCUCGCCUUGUCUGCGGCGCCGGCUUCUCGAGUUUUCAGUAGCCUCUGGCUACGCCUUUUUUUCAGGGCGGCGCCCGAGCCCUGCUCCUCCUCGCGGCUGGCUGCACUGCAGCCCCGGUCCCUCUUCUCAGAGCCCCUCCCCGGAGUUGGGAUCCACGCGCACAGCCCCAGCGCCCCGCGGGCCUGUGUGCCGUCUCCGCCCGCUCCCCGCCAUGGCCUUCUCCGGCCCGGGACUCCGGCUCCUGCUGGGGCUCCUGAUGCUGCUGCCGCCGCCUCCUGCGACCUCGGCCUCCGAUCGUCCCCGGGGCAGCGACCCAGUCAACCCAGAGAAGCUGCUGGUGAUCACGGUGGCCACAGCCGAGACGGAAGGAUACCGGCGUUUCCUGCGGUCAGCGGAGUUCUUCAACUACACAGUGAGGACCCUGGGCCUGGGAGAGGAGUGGCGAGGGGGUGAUGUGGCCCGAACGGUUGGUGGCGGACAGAAGGUCAGGUGGCUAAAGAAGGAGAUGGAGAAAUACGCGGACCGGGAGGAUAUGGUCAUCAUGUUUGUGGACAGCUACGACGUGAUUCUGGCUGGCAGCCCCUCGGAGCUGCUGAAGAAGUUCGUGCAGAGUGGAAGCCACCUGCUCUUCUCUGCGGAGGGCUUCUGCUGGCCUGAGUGGGGGCUAGCAGAGCAGUACCCUGAGGUGGGCACGGGGAAGCGCUUCCUCAACUCUGGUGGAUUCAUUGGCUUUGCCCCCACCGUCCACCAAGUCGUCCGCCAGUGGAAGUACAAGGAUGACGAUGACGACCAGCUGUUCUACACGCGACUGUACCUGGACCCAGGGCUGAGGGAGAAACUCAGCCUCGGUCUGGAUCAUAAAUCCCGGAUCUUUCAGAACCUCAAUGGGGCUUUAGGUGAGGAGAAAGGGCUGUACUUCUGUGAUUUUAUGUCAGCGGGNUACCCUCAGCCCCCCACCCCUGCCCCAGUCAGACCUGGCCCCCACCCCUGUGUACCUCCAGCCCUUCCAAGCAGCCAGUCCUCCCCAGCCCCUGGUGCUGGGAGAGGUUCUAAGUGUCCAUCCCUUCCCUCCCUGCCCUGUCCCCUACCCGUCCACCUGACCUUCCUCAUCUCUGCUGCCUUUGCUUCUGCCUCUAAUCGCCUCUCCCAACAGCUCCAGCUGAAUUACCUGGGAAACUAUGUCCCUAAUGGCUGGACUCCCCAGGGAGGCUGUGGGUUCUGUGGCCGGGACCGGAGGACACUCCCGGGGGGGCAGCCUCCCCCCCGGGUGCUUCUGGCUGUGUUUGUGGAACAAGCCACCCCGUUCCUGCCCCGCUUCCUGCAGCGGCUGCUGCUCCUGGACUACCCCCCCGACAGGGUCACCCUGUUCCUGCAUAACAAUGAGGUGUACCAUGAGCCCCACAUUGCAGACUCCUGGUCCCAGCUCCAGGACCACUUCUCAGCCGUGAAGCUGGUGGGGCCAGAGGAGGCCUUGACACCAGGCGAGGCCAGGGACAUGGCCAUGGACACUUGUCGGCAGGACCCGGAGUGCGAAUUCUACUUCAGCCUGGAUGCCGACGCCGUCAUCACCAACCAGCAGACCCUGCGCAUACUCAUCGAAGAGAACAGGAAGGUGAUAGCGCCUAUGCUGUCCCGCCACGGGAAGCUGUGGUCCAACUUCUGGGGAGCCCUGAGCCCCGACGAGUACUAUGCCCGCUCGGAGGACUACGUGGAGCUGGUACAGCGGAAGCGAGUGGGCGUGUGGAAUGUGCCCUAUAUAUCCCAGGCAUACGUAAUCCGUGGCGAGACCCUGAGGACAGAGCUGCCCCAGAGGGAGGUGUUCUCGGGCAGCGACACGGACCCAGACAUGGCCUUCUGUAAGAGCCUGCGGGACAAGGGCAUCUUCCUCCACCUGAGCAAUCAGCACGAAUUCGGCCGCCUCCUGGCCACUUCCCGCUAUGACACUGACCAUCUGCACCCUGACCUCUGGCAGAUCUUCGACAACCCCCUGGACUGGAAGGAGCAGUACAUUCAUGAGAACUACAGCCGGGCCCUAGAAGGGGAGGGACUUGUGGAGCAGCCUUGCCCAGAUGUGUACUGGUUCCCGCUGCUGUCUGACCAGAUGUGUGACGAGCUGGUGGAGGAAAUGGAGCUCUACGGCCAGUGGUCGGGAGGCCGGCACGAGGACUCGAGGCUGGCCGGAGGCUACGAGAACGUGCCCACCGUGGACAUCCACAUGAAGCAGGUGGGCUACGAGGACCAGUGGCUGCAGCUGCUGAGGACGUACGUGGGCCCCAUGACAGAGAGCCUGUUCCCAGGCUACCACACCAAGACCCGGGCAGUGAUGAACUUUGUGGUCCGUUACCGGCCAGACGAGCAGCCCUCUCUGCGGCCCCAUCACGACUCGUCCACCUUUACUCUCAACGUGGCCCUCAACCACAAGGGCCUGGAUUAUGAGGGAGGUGGCUGUCGCUUCUUGCGCUAUGACUGCAUAGUCUCGUCCCCGCGGAAGGGCUGGGGGCUCCUGCAUCCCGGCCGCCUCACCCACUACCACGAGGGGCUGCCCACUACUCGGGGCACUCGCUAUAUCAUGGUGUCCUUUGUUGACCCCUGACACUCAACCACUCUGCCGAACCUUCCCCACCGUUGUGCCUUCCCGCGCCCCCCUUCUUGGAGGGGGGUCUGUCUGGCGCCUCCCUUCCUGAGUGGAUGUUCGGCGUGCCUGGGACUGAAUGUGUCGCCUCCCCCACAACACACGGCCCUCUCAGGAAGCUCCUGGAGCCCCCUUGCCCCUCCCCACAGACCUCAAAGGUUCAUGGGGAGAAGGCUUCUGGGGGCUCCCCAUACAAUAAAUUAUUGUUUCUCAGCCUCCCUCCCAAUAAAGGAGGAUUUGUAA